AUGAAGGGCCGAGGGUUGCUUUUGUGUGCGUGUGUUGCCGUCGGCAUGGCAGCGGAAAGCGCUAAACACGUGGCGCUUGCCAGCGGAAUAAUGGACGCGGAGCCGUCUGUGCCGACAACGGAAACUGAGAGUUACCUUGGUCCAUCGAGCUCCAAAUUAGACACGACGCGGAAGCCUCAGGCCGAGGGAGGAGGAGACGCAGAACGGGGGGCUGGGAAACCGGUUGCGUUGAACAUGUUUUCUGUGUCUCUAGGGACAGAGAAAGAAAAGCAGAAGGAAGCCGCUCAGGUGGGCCGCUUGCUUGAUCAGCUUUCAGGUUUGGUGGAACCGGGGACUGCUGAGGCGCUGAGAGAGAUCGCCGGCGAGGUUGCGGAGGAGGACGAACCGGGUUCCCAAGUCCGGGAGCAGAGGCCAAACGUCGAAGGUGGGAGGCGGGUCAAUUUCAAGCGGCGGGUUUCCCUCUUGCAGGCUAUUGGUGCGUUUGUGCUGGCGUCAACAGUCUAUACUGCGCUGCGAGAGCGCGUGGAUCGGUACCGAAUGGGCGCCGAAGCGCCUGGGAGCCCGAAACAUUCCCUUCUUAAUGCCGCUCUAGCAGCCGUCGCCCUGGUUCUCUCCUUAACUGGGAGAGAACCUGUCGCUACGUUCCGGUACAAGUAUUUGCGAACGAGACCGCAAAGGCAGGGGGCUGCUCGCCCUGAGCGUUCUGAGACGCGGGAAUAG